CGGGUGUGUAAAUAAGUAAAGUCUGAUGAGUAAAUUUAUUAAUACUAUACACUACAGAUAUUUUCUUCUUGAUGUGUUCUACUUUUAAGUCACAAAAUAAAAUAUAAUAUAAUUUAUUAACUACAAAAUGCAUACACGGUUGGUUUAGCCUAUUUUAGACCAAUGGCUUAGGUUGGCAACAUACGUUCCCGCCGGUUCAAGUGGUUCAAGUAUGGUUUAAGUUUGGUUUAAGCGGUCUAAGUUUAAGUUUGUAUCGCGGCUCGCACAAUUGUGGCUCGCACGGUUCUGACCUGACAACCGUGGCUCUGAAACAUCGUGAAGACAAGUUCUAGUAGUUACGGUUCGAAGUGCCUAACGGUCAGGCUGCGUAAUCCCACUGUGGCACCGACGCACCUGCGUACCCUGCGUGAAACAUGUUCUCGGUCGCCCAUUUUAUGAAGACUGAUGACGUGGCCGUGGUUCCAACACGCUGGAUUAAGAACGGGACAGCUCCCUGGCCACCGUUUAAAAAUACUGCAAAAGUGAACAGUGCAGUGAGGGACAGAACGGAGCCAGGCAAAGACUGGCCAAAAUUUGCCUGCAGGGUCAUGUCAUAUACAGACAGUUACGAAGUUGCCCGCAAGAGGUCCAUAAAGGCGGAGGAAGAGUCCGACCUUACAUCGGAAGCAGAGACAUCGCAAAAAAGAAUACGGCGACCUCCGACAUUUUUCGAUGACUACCUCACUGACAGCAGCGAUGAGGAGGGAGUAACUGAAGAACCACCUCCAGAAGGUGACAUUGAAUUUCUCGCUGAGCCCCCACCGCCACCACCUCUUCAAAGAAAAAGUGGAGCACAUUGUGGAGGAGCAGGCCAAACUGAUGGUGAUGACUUGGUGUUGCCCAAAGGAAGACCAAAAAGUGCAUCUUCUUUGAACUGCUCUGCUGAACCUUCAAGCAAAGCUUUGGUCACAGUUCUUAGGGAACUUGAGUGUAUUAAGGCACAGUUGACAAGCAUGGCUACAAUGUUGGCCAGAAUACAGAUGCAUGUGAAUGCUGAUGACCCUACUGCCAUGGCUGGUCCAGUCCAUCCAGAAGACCUUCCAGUCUAUCCAGUGAAGACAAGAGAGGAAUUUGCCUUCCUGGAGGCUAGCUUAAAAAAUGAAGCCAUUUUUGCAAAGCUAGUGAAAGAGCUUGGCCAAAUUGGAGGUAGAGAUGUAGCCUCUACAACAAAAACGGUGUUUAAGAAACUUGUCGGAGAUGAAGUUGCCGUCUUCUACAACAGAACCGGGCGAAACGGAAAGCAAGAAGCCGGGAAACUGAAGAUCUUUAGCCUGAUCUAUGCUGCUGUACGUGUAACCCGCAAAACUGCAACAGACGACGAGAUGGGCCGCGCCAUUGGUGAUUGGCUGCGCUUCGCCAACGUCCGGCUCCGUGCUCAAGGUUCAUUUGGCCCCAUCGACAAGCGCUGCACCAACAAGCUCAGCUCCGGGUCGUCACAAGGUGUAUUUUGUCGCGUGUUUCAAUGUUGGUUUGCUUGAGCAGGAGGACUGACAACUACUAGGUACAAGUGACUCAACAACAAAUUAAAGGAUUUGAUAGCAUGUUGGUGGGAGUUAAGAAACAAACAAAAGAGAGACACUUAUGACAAGAGAUGCCACGGGUGUACAGUUCAACUAGCAACAUCAAUAAACUACCACAAGGCAUUAUUUUAUUUUUGCUAGUUGAGAGAUGUACCUGUGUUGUCUCUUGUCAUAAGUGUUUGCUACUUUGUUUGUUUUUUGCAAUCAAUUCACUGUUUUAAGCACUUGAACAAGAUUGUCAUUUUCUUUUAGUUCGUAGUUAUGUGGGAAAUCAGGUCAGCCUUUUUGCGGCUCUAUAUGAACUCUCUUUCCCACUAGGAUAUUUCUAGUACACCCUAAUUUCUUGAGGGGUUUCCAAACCUGCAAACCAUUGUCACAAAGCUAAAUUUCGAAUUAAGCUACACUGUUAUGUUUUCCACGUAUUAUGAUCAUUUGCCACCUCAAAUUUAGUUUCCGGCACUCUGUAUUAAUUAUUUUCUUGUUUUGUUUGCAGC